ACCACAGUCCUCCGCGCUGGGGUGAGAGCGACCUCCUGGUGACCGUCGGCUGUCAGGACGGGCUGGCGAAGGCGCUGGAGAUGCUCUUGGACCCCGAGGACUGCGUGGUGGCAGGAGCCUUGCUAUUCGGAUGUUCUGUGCAUUCUCGCCCCACUGACGCCGAAGUUCGUGGUCGUGUCCGCUGACGAGAGGGGAAUGUGUCCGUUGUCGCUGAGGAAAGGACUCGAAAGGGCAGCGCAGGAUGGAGGACCUGUGCCCAAGGUCAUGUAUUUGGUGCCUAACGCAUGCAACCCCACGGGGACCACCAUGGACGAGGCGCGGCGGAGGGAGAUCUAUAGCAUCGCCUCCGAGUACGACCUCAUUAUCCUCGAGGACGACCCUUACUACUUCUUGCAGUAUGACGACCAGGAACCACUGCCCCCGAGUUUCCUGCGGCUGGACACGGACGGGAGAGUCCUGAGGUUCGACUCCUUCUCCAAGAUCUUCAGCGCCGGCCUCAGGGUGGGCUACGUGACGGGGCCGACGCCGCUGCUCGAGAGGAUGACGUGGCAUAUGCAGGCGAGUGUCCUGUGCCCGCCCGGGAUCACGCAGGUAAUGGUGAGCGAACUGCUCCGGAAGUGGGGCGACGAAGGGUUCAACAAGCACAUAGCCAAGUUGAGGGAAUUCUACCGAGCUCAGAGAGACACCAUGUUGCAGGCCGCGGAGAAGCAUCUUGCAGGGUUGUGUGAAUGGACGGUGCCCAAGGGAGGGAUUUUUCUAUGGUUUAAGGUGCCCGGCCUCCGCGACACGACGCCCAUGCUGCUGGAGAGGGCGGUCACCAGGGACGUGGUGCUCGUCCCUGGGAGAGACUUCAUGGUCGAGGAGAAGAAACCCUGUCAGUACAUGAGGGCGGCCUACUCCUGCGCCACGCCCGAGCAGAUGAUGGAGGGGAUGAGGAACUUGGCUCGACUAGUGAGGGAGGAACUGGCGCUGCAGAAGGAAUCCUGAAAAUAGGAAAAUUGUAUCUCUUUCCAUUCCCGUUCUGUAUUUCUGCUGAAUAUCGAAUAAAAAUUAAUACCUCAGGAAUGA